AUGGGUGAACGCAAAGAGAAAUUUGACGCGUACACUCAGCUGACUACCUCCAGGACUCAAAUAUAUUUGAUGAACAAAGAUAAUGAUAAGUUGCAGCGGCCAAAGAAAAUGUUCCAUAAAAAUCGCGACAAGACGAAAUGGUGUGAUUUCCGUGGGGAUCAGGGACAUUUGACUGAAGAUUGUCGGCACCUAAAGGACAACAUGGAAGAUCUAUUCAGGAGAGGGUAUUUUAGCCAAUAUAAGGCUCAAACACGAAACGGUGACUUGGUCAAGCCGGCCAAUCAGAAUGUUCAAUCCCAGAUCAGUGAGAUCCAUGUGAUCAGUGGCGGUCCGAUUCACGGAGGUAGUGUGAACGAAGCGAAGGCAAGCCUGAUAGAAUUCCGGCACCAGGUUAACUUUAAUGAGAGCCUGCAGUGGAGGAGGCCGCCAACAAUGCCAGCUAUGUCCUUCACGGUAGAGGACGCGGAACACGUUGUUUACCCUCAUGAUCCUAUGGUGGUCACGUUAAAAGUAUCAAACUGCCUGAUUCACAGGAUCUUGGUAGACGGAGGAAGUUCUGCAAACAUAUUAUACUUGUCAACCUUUGAGAAGUUGAUGAUUGGCCAAGAACACUUGAAACCUAUCCGGUACCCAGUGACAGGAUUCACGAAAGCAUCCGUGACUCUUGAGGGCCUUGUAACUCUGCCAGUCCGAGUUGAGGAUAACGACGAGGCCCGAGAUGUAAUGACAGAAUUCUUAGUGGUUGAUGUGCCGCAAGCCUAUAAUGCAAUCAUUGGGCGCCCCUUUAUUCAUGAUGUUCAAGGGAGCUCAAAGUCAAAGGGGAAUCAAGAAGCGGCAAAAUCAUGUUAUUUGACAACACUCAAGCAACCAACAAAAAGAAUGCCAGUUGAAGAAAUGAACCCGCCAACAAGAAAGCAAAGGCGGGCACAGAGGAAAGCUUUAGCAAGUAAAGUAGAGUUCGGGAAGGAAGAGGAUAUGAUGGAAGUUUCCAUGGAGGAAUUGGAGUCUAGGCCUUAG